GGUACCCUGCAUUUAGAUUAGCCUAUGAUUUCCGAUGCAAUUAUUAUUUCGCAAAGGAGAAUUCAUUGACAGGAGAGAGAUAGAUCGAGCUCCCCGGCGUCCAUCCUCUUUGCACCUGCAACUUAACUAAAGCUUCAUACAUGGCAGCAGUAGUGCUACAUGAUGGGGGUUCCUCUUCUGUGUCAACCACUUGUUACGAUGUGUUUCUCAGUUGCAGGCCUGAUGAAACACUCUAUAACUUCACUGCUUUCCUUCACAAAGCUCUGGAAAGAGAAGGAAUCAAUGUGUUUAUGAAUGGAGAAAACCUGCAGAAGCCAGAUGGAGGAGCAAUAAAAACGAACGGCGUCCUUGAAGCAAUCCAACAUUCCAAAAUCUCGAUUCCUGUCUUCUCUAAAGGCUAUGCAGAUAGCUCAUGGUGCCUCCAGGAACUGGUUGAGAUGGUUCGAUGCCGCAGAUCCGACGGUCAGUCAAUUCUGCCGAUAUUCUUGGAUUUCGAGCCAAGAGAUGUUCGCCAUCAGACCGGAAGUUAUCAACAAUCAUUUCAACGACACCAACAAAAAUUUGAUCCCCAGACCGUAGAGAGUUGGAAGAAUGCCUUGACUGAGGUUGCACAAAUAUCCGGAUACCAUCUCCAGGACGUAACUGAGAAUCAGGUGGAGCUAAUCGACAUAGUUGUUAGUAAGGUUUUGAGGCAAUUGGAUAGCGGUCGCUUGGGGCAUAUUAAAUUUCCAAUUGGAUUAGAUGAUCGUGUAAGUGAUCUGCUACUUCUAUUAAAUGUUGGGUCCCCAGAUGUUCGAUUUGUGGGAAUAUGUGGCAUAGGUGGAAUUGGGAAAACAACUAUUGCAAAGGCUCUUUACAAUCACAUUCUUAACAGCUUUCAUAGGAGAUGUUUUCUUGAAGAUAUGGGAGAAAAAGAAUUAGUUGCUUUGCAAAAGCAACUUCUUUUCUCCAAAAACCAAUUUGAUUACCGAAUAAGGAAUGUUCAUGAGGGACAAUACUUGAUAAAAGAAAGAUUAAAUGGAGAAAAUAUUCUUCUUGUUCUUGAUAAUGUGACUGAUCGUUCCCAACUCGAUGCUUUGGCUAUUGAAUCCAAUUGGCUUGGACCAGGAAGUAGGGUUAUUAUAACAAGUAGAGAUGAACAUAUUCUAGAGUUGGCUCAAAUUGAUGAAGAUAAAAGAUACUGGCCUAAAGAAUUGGAUGAUGAGCAAUCUCUUCAACUCUUUAGUUGGCAUGCAUUUGCGUGCCACCAACCUCCCAAAGAUUAUAAGCAGUUUUCCCACAAUGUCCUACAGUUGGCAAGAGGAUUGCCUUUAGCUCUAGAAGCAUUGUGUUCUUCUCUUUCUGGAAGAAAUAAAGAAGAAUGGGAAGGAAUGAUGUUAGAGUUGAAAAGAAGGCUUGAUGAGAAGAUCUAUCAAAAUUUAAAGAAAAGCUACUAUAUUCUAGACGAUGAUGAGAGAUCUAUAUUUCUUGAUGCGGCAUGCUUUUUCGUUGGAUGGAGGAAAGAAAUUGUAAUUUCUCUAUGGGAGGCUUGUGGCUUUUAUCCAAUGUUAGCAAUAAAAACACUCACUCAAAAGUCUCUACUAAAAUUUACUGCUAAUUUGAGUGAUUCCUAUGAUGUGUUAUGGAUGGAUAAACAUAUUCAAGACAUGGGAAGACGCAUUAUCUUAGACGAAAGUCCGGAGCCAUACUUGCGCAGUAGGUUAUGGAAUCAUGAUGAAAUCUUGGAUGUAUUACAAAAACACAAGGGAACUCGGGAGAUUGAAGGCAUCCUCUUGCCCUCAAAUCAGCCCUGUCUGGGUGUAUGCCUACAUGGGGAAGACUUUGCAGUGAUGAAAAGGCUAAGAUUUCUCAACAUCAACGGAGCACACUAUCAAGGAGAAUUUCCACCUCUUCCUUCUAGCUUAAUCUGGUUCAGUUGGUGGGGAUGCCCCCUAGAAAUUCUACCAUCUAAUUUUUUCCUGAAGAAACUAGUCUAUAUGAACCUAUCAAAUAGCCGGAUUAGACAAGCUUGGAAAAACAAGCCUCAAAAUGAGUUUGAGUGUUUUCGAAAUUUGAAAGUUCUCCACCUCCGGUUUUGUGAUCUAUCUGAAUCCCCUGAUUUCUCAUGGUUUCCUCGCUUGGAGACGUUGGAUCUUGGAUGUUGUAAAAACAUGGUCAAUUUACAUGAAUCCAUUGGUGAUCUGAAAUCUCUUAUUGAGCUUUACUUGGAUGAUACAAAAAUUGAAGAACUCCCAAACAAUAUUUGCAGGCUAGGUUCUCUUCAAUUUCUAAGUCUCAUUUCAUGCACAUCACUCCAAAAAUUGCCUGAGUCGAUUGGUGAUCUGAAGUCUCUUGUGACGCUUUCUUUGGAUGGGACAAAAAUUGAAGAGCUCCCAAACAGCAUUUGCAGUCUCAGUUCUCUUCAAGUUCUAACUCUCAUUUCAUGUUCAUUGCUCCAAAAAUUGCCCGAGUCAAUUGGUGAUCUAAAGUCUAUUGUUAGGCUUUCCUUGGAUGGGACAAAUAUUGAAGAACUCCCAAACAGUAUUUGCAAGCUGAAUUCUCUCCAAUUUCUUUCUUUAAAUUGGUGCUCAUCACUCAAAGACUUGCCAGACUCAAUUGGUAAUCUAAAAUCUUUGAUUCAGCUUUCCAUUCGUGGGACAAAAAUCAAGGAAGUGCCUGCUAGUCUUGGGUUGUUAGAGAAACUUGAGAAUUUUUACUUUGGGUUGGAAAAGUAAGCAUAUUUGUUGGAGCAGGUAUACUUUUCAUGACAUUGAAAGAGAGAUGCAAUUAUGAAUUUAUUAUCCUUGAUGACAUUUGGAUUAAACAGCAUGUUUGUUUUUCUA